ACUCGCCCUCUGGCGACGUUUGUUUCCUUCAGAUUUUUUCCUCAUGGCUCCUCCUGCGGUGUGUGCGGCCGCCGACGGAUGAUAAGCUGCGUAUUUGUAUGCUGCCGGUGUGGUGUGUUCUAACUAUUUGGUUGUGCGUGAUUAUGAUAAUGCGGUGAUCAGACUUCGUCGUGGUGGUUCCUUUCCCGUGGCUGUGUUGAAGUUGGCGUCGCCCGUAUUCUCUGCGGCGUCAUCAAGGCCUUAGAGCAUUUUGCUGCUACAAGUUAACACAAGUCGGGCCAUCAUGAAGGCAGUUGUGUUGCUCUUACUGCUUGGGCUGCUGGCAGCAGCAACUGCAGCUCGUGUUGCAGAAGAGGACAACGAGUUUGCGGAGUUUGAGGAAUUCGACGAUGAGGAGUCACCGCCGGCGCCUCAACGAUCCGACGAACCCCAGCCAGCUGCUGCAGACGACGAGGAAGAAGCUCGAGUCGAGGAGGAAGAGGAGUUUGACCACUUCCAAGACGAGGAGGAAUUCGAGGGCCUUGACCAGGAGCGCCAACCCAGCCGGCCGCAGGGCGACAAGCCGCACUUGACCAUUGCCAAGGUUCCGUUGCACCUGCGGAGCAACUGGGAGAGCUUCUACCUGGAGCUGCUGAUGCUGGCAGGCUUGGCCAUCUACUUUGGCAACUUUGUGGCUGGCCGCAACAAGAACCACCGACUGGCCACUGCCUGGUUCCAGAGCCACCGGCAGCUGCUGCUUGACAAUUUCGCCCUCGUUGGGGACGAUGGCCGCAAGGAACUGUCCCCGGAUGAGGCCGAGGCAGGGGGCCUCGUCAAGGACUCGGAGAGUGUCUACACGCUCUGGUGCAGCGGCCGGCUGUGUGUUGAGGGCAUGCUGGUGGAGCUGCGCCUGCUCAAGCGACAAGACCUGCUCAGCCUGAUGGCACACAUGGUGCGACCAUCAGCCGAUCAGCUGGUUAUCCGGGUGACGAUGAGCCCACAGUUCAUGGAUGGCUUUGUCAUGUGUUUAGCGACAAAGAAGACGGCUGCCCGGCUGCACAAGACUAUGGCCGACCUCAGUACUUAUUGCCCAGAGAAGAAACGUCCGACAAAGUAUGGCCUGCCAGCAAACUUCACUGUCCUCUCAGAAAUGGGCGAGGUGGCAAAUGCCAUGUUGGACCAGAAGGUGCUGUCAGUGAUCAAGCGCUACGAGGAGAGCAUCGAUUACAUCCACAUGUCGGACCAGUAUUCAGGGCCUCGGCUGCAGGAGGACACCCAGCCCACCAAGCUGCCCGAAGUCAAGAAAGUGCUCCUAUUUGGAUUUAAUGUACCUGGCAUGGGUCGAGUGUCGGUCGAAACCAUGGAGGAAAUGAAGCCACUGCUGCAGCUGGUCUUCUACUGCAUUGACAAAGUGCGCCGCUUCAAGCUCAGCAAAGAGGCUAAGCAGAAGAGUGACCGCAACCGUCUCAAGGUGGAGGAGGAGUUCCUGAAGACGACGCACGCCCAGCGGCAGGAGGCGGCGCAGCUCAAGCGUGAGGAGCGUCGCCGUGUCGAGAAGGAGCGCAUCAUGAACGAGGAGGACCCAGACAAGCAACGCAAGUGGGAGG